AUGGAAAGAGACAACGGAAAGAAAGCUUUGAGCUUGCAGAAGAACAGAGGUGAAAGUCUGAAUUUGAAAAUGGGAGUCUCCAAAAUAACUGAAAACUGGAGUAAUGGGUCCUUUAAAAUCCAUGGUGUGAGGUUCAAAUUGGACGCAAGCCUCAUCGUGACUGUGACAGUUUCCAAUAAUGCGGUAAAAAUCUUCCCACGUAAGGAAAAGGAGAGGGCUAAAAUUGGAAAAGCAACAGUUGGUUAUUAUGAAGCCUCCAAUAUUAAGAAAAUUUGGGGCUGGGAAAACAAGAGGUUGUCCGUUUCUCCUAGAAAAGGCAAGAGAAAGCUGGAGGAAGGCGAAUCCAGCAAGGGGGAGGCUACCUUGAGCAAAAAAAGAAAGAGCGCUACUAGGAUGAAAGCCCAUGAUGAAAAGAAUGAUAUAGAGGAAACUAGUAAAGAGGGCAGUGAAAUGGAAACAAACGAGUUAGAGGGUGAGGAAAGCUGGAAAGAUGAGGAGGUGGGUGCAGAGGAAGAAGAAGGUGAGAACGAAUCCGACAAUGAAAAUCCAAUUCACAGUGCUAGCAUAGGCCACGACAAUAGCCAGCCAAUGGUGGAUAAAGAUGAUAAGGAUAAAGAGGAAAAAGAUAUGGAUUCUGAGAGGGAGAAGAACAAGGAACCCGAGAAGGAAAUGGCUAAGGAUUAUUUGAGUGAGGAUAAGGAGAGUAAAGGUGAGAUGAGGAAGGAAGAUGAUAAGAUUCAGAAGCAAUGGAAGUAG